AAUUUGUGGUGAUCACUCUGCCGACAAUGGGAGCCUAUAAUUGUUCAUUAGCAACUCCUCAUUAGCUUUCUUCCCGAACUUUGAUGUGAAGCGAAAUAUGAUCAAGCACCGCUUAAGAGGGUUGAGCACCAUUCUGGGUACUCAAGUAGAACCUGACAAAAUUGAAGAACUGAAGAGGAACAAAACAGAUAUUGAAAACAACCUCUCAAGAAUCCUGAAAAUCAUCAAGAAUGAAGAUCAAAGUAGCAAGAGGGAUAGAAGCCCAAAACGGUCGAGACAAGAAACAGAACUUGUAGGACUCAUCGAGGACUUCUUCACACACUACCAGUCACUGUAUGCGCUGUACGAUCGUCUCACCGCAGAGAAUGGCAAAGUAGUUUCUCGCAGAAUAGAUAGUGGGGUUUCUGCUUCCUUGUCUUGCUCUAGCUCCGACUCCGAUUAUUUUUCCUCCGACGAAGUUGACAGCCGAAGACAAUCGCCUGAAACUGAGCAUCACAUUACUAUAUCACACCCAACACGUGAAGGAAAGGACAAUGACUCUGAAACUGAUCUCCAGACUCGAGCAAUAUCGGCUCGGGGAAAGGAGCUAGAAGAGAAGUUCCAUUCUCAAAAGAAAGAGAUAGAAAGCCCGACUCACCAGAAGUCGGAGCUGCAACGUCAAAUUGAAAGCAAAGAACGUGAAGCUCAAGAGCUAAGCGCCAGAAAUGCAGAGCUACAAGUGUCGGAGAAGAAAACGAAAGAAGAUCAAGUUUCUGGUCUGCAGAGGAAAUUCGAGGAUGGUGAGAGCGAGGAUCAUAUUGCAGAACUGAUUGAACAAAUCAACACGCUUACCAUGGAGGCGACAACUCUUCGUGACCAGAAAGAUGAAAUGGAAGUAAGGUUAACACUCGGUAGAGAUGAAGCACUGAGCCUACUAGAGGACCUGAAGAACCAGCUUAAUGUCAUGCGUCAAAAUUCGGACUCCUUAUCUGACAAGAACAAAGAGCUAGAAGCUCACAUGGAGUAUCUGUAUCAACAAUUGGAUGAGAAGGGCUGGCUUGAACAAAGAAUGCGAGAAGAGAAAGAAGGUUUGGUAGGGAUGGUAAGGGACCUGGAAACGGAACUUGAAUCUCGAUUCAAAGAAAAAGACAAGUUGGAAGAGGAGUUAAGAAAGAAAAGUUAUGAGAUGAAACAGGUGGAAGAUGAAAACAAAUCCUUGCAGGAUAGGAAUGCUGAACUGAAAAGAGCAGUGACACAUGCAGGAGAAGAGCUCAAUGCUCUUGCGAAGGAACAUGAAAGCAGCAGAAAUGGAGCUUCAACGCAUGCCAUAGCUUUAUCGGAUCAAUUUAACGAUCUGAAACUAGAGUUAAACUAUUACAAGGAAGAGAAGAUCAGGUUGGAGUUGCAAAACGAGAGAAUGCAAAAGGAAUAUUCAGAAAGCCUCGCAACGAUAUUUGAUCAAGGGAAAACAAUAAAAGAGCAGGCAGAAACCAUCGAGCGAAUCAUUGCUGAGUUUGAAGAAUCCAAAACGUGGGCCAGAAAGUUUAAGCUGAAUAAACAAUUCUCAGAAAAGAGGAUCGAAGAAUUAGCAGAAGAGAUACGAGGACAACUAGAAGACAGUAUAAGGUUAUUAUACCGUAGGAUCCGCGUGGCGGAACAGCUACAUAAUGAGAACAAAGACGGCUACAAACUGGUGAAGGAGAGAUACGAGCAAGAAAACAAAAUACUUAAAGAGAAAAUUGCUAUAUAUGAAGAAAAAGAGGCACGAGUUGCAAGUGCUACAAGACUGAAUCGAAUAGAAGUUUCAAACGUCUUAGAGUCGGCUGCUUCGAAUCUGGAGAAGAACCAAGUUAGUUUUCUGAGACGUGUGACUAAGAUGAUGGAGGAGGUUCAGAAUGCAAGAGAUUGGAUAAAGCAAAGAAAGGAAGAGAUGGAACAACUGAAGAGCCAUGUGGAUAAACUUACAGCUUUACUUAAGGAUAGAGAAGAGCAGGAAUUGUUGCCGAGAGAGAAGGUGGCGAAAUCAGAGGGCAAGGUGAGCGAGGAAGGAGAGGAGAAUCUGAGUCUAAUGAAAUCGGUGACAGAGCUUGAAAAGAAAGUGGGAAUAUUGGAGAAGAGCCUGAAAGAGCGGGAUGAACAAUUGGUGAAUCUGGGAGAGACGAAAAGGGAAGCAAUAAGGCAGCUUUGUUUUGUCAAUGAUUAUCAUCGCAACCGUUGUCACUUUCUCAAGGGUUUGAUUGCCAAGAAGACGACAAUCAACAGAACGCCAACGCCUUUGGGUCCCAGGUUGUCCUCCACGUGCGCUGACCAUCUACCAUUUUCUCUGCCCGCCUUUUUGUCUGCCCCCCGCUGCGUGUUUGAUUUUGGAGAAUAUCUAAAAGCUUCUGUUAAAAGAGCGGAAGAGAAAGUGAAAGCGUAUCUCAGGUGUUUUUCCCCUACAGAAAUUGAAGACAAAGUAAAAAGAAUAUUGAAGCUUAUUGGGGAUGACAAUCAUGAAGAGGAUGGUAGCCGAGUACAAUUUUCCAACAAGGAACCACUUGUUGAACUAAUUGAAGAUUUCCACAAUCAAUACAAAUCACUCUAUGCUCAAUACGACCAUCUAACAGGGGAAUUGAGGAAAAAGAUUAAUGGAAAGCAAGGAAAGGAGAGUUCUUCAUCUAGUUCAGACUCAGAUUCAGAUUACUCUUCAAAGGACAAAGACAGCAAAAAUGGACAACUGGAAAAUGAAUUCCAAAAGAUAAUUGAUAGCCUGAGACAAGAACUUGAAAUGGAACAUAAGGAAGUUGCAGAAUUAAGUCGAAAAGUGACAAUUACAUGUGAAGAAAAGGAGGAUCUAAACUUAAAAUAUCUUGCAGCCUUGAGCAAGGUAGAAGAAGCAGAGAAAAUCAACGCAGAUCUGAAAACUGAUGCUGAAACAUUAGAUAUUCAGAGAUCAAAACUGUUGGCGGAGAAUGGUGAACUAAAGAAGCAACUGGACAAUGCUGGAGAGGUUGAAGCUGAACUGAAUCAUAGAUUGGAAGACUUGAAGAGAGAGAAAGAUAAUUUAACCCUGGAGAAAGAGACUGCUAUCAGGCAGAUGGAUGAGGGACAGAAGAUUACAGACAGCCUAAGAGCCACGGUGAAUCAACUAAAUGAUGAGAAAUUAGCCCUUGGAAAAGAACUAGAGGCUGUGACAAGUGAAUUCUCCAUCCUGAAGCAGCAAUUGGAACAAGCACAGCAGCAAGAGACAGAUUUAAGCCGUAAUCUGAAAGUUGCCAAGGAAGAGAACGAAUCAUUGAAGUUAAAACUUUCACAGCUUUCAAAUGAGGUUCAGCUCGCUCAUGACAGAAUACAAGAACUUGUAUCUGAAUUAACUCAGUUAAAGGAGAGACUGAAUGAGAGGGAAAGCGAAGUUUCAGACCUCACUCAAAUGCAUGAAGGGUAUGAGAAUGAAUCCUCAAAUAAAAUCAGGGAAUUAGAGGCACAAGUCACAAACCUUGAGCUGGAAUUGGAAUCAAGGCAAGGGCAGAAUCGAGACAUGGAAGUGCAAAUAAUUAGUAGCAGAACUGAAGUUCGAGAGCUAGUAGAGCACAAUUCAGGACUACAAAACCAAAUUUCAGAGCUUGAAAUAAAGUUCAAAGAAAGAGAAAAUGAACUGUCUGCUAUUGUGAAGAAUCUUGAAGAUAAUGAGAAUAGGUCGUUAUCCAAAAUAGCUGAUUUGACAUCCCAGAUCAAUAAUCUGCUAACUGAUGUAGACCAGCUACGUGCUCAGAAAGAUGAACUGGAAGAACGGGUAUUGUUUGAAAGUAAUGAAGCAUCAGCUCAAGUCAAAAGCAUUACAGACCUGGUAAAUGUAUUGCAGCAGGAAGCAGAGGCCCUACAACACCAGAAAUCUGACUUGGAAGUUCAACUUGCCAAAAAGGUCCAAGAAAAUUCUGAGCAUCUGAUUCAUAUGCAAACUCUAAAGGAGGAGGUCGUCAGUAAGACUCUAGAUCAAGAGAGGUUUGUUGAAGAAACAGAAAAAUUAACCAUGCAGAUAAGGAAGCUGGAAUCUGAGGUAGACAUGGUAAAUAGCCAGAAGGGUGAAGUUGAAGAACGAGUGAGGGUUAAUGACCGUGAAAUCAGACAAGUGAGAGAGGAGAAGUCAGGGCUACAUGGCAAAAUAUCUGAAGCUGAGAAAAGAUUAGCAGAGAGGGAGUUCGAGAUCUCUGCUCUCCAGGAUAAACUUAAGAAAGCGGAGGAUGAGGGUUCAACUCAAAUAAUGGCCUUAACAUCACAGAUUGAUAAUCAUCAACGGGAUUUGGUUUCCCUGCAUAAUGAGAAGCAAGAAUUGGCACAGCAGUGUGAAAAACUGAAGUUGGAGUUGGAUUCCAUAAAUAACAGCAAGAAUGAAGCUGAAGAACAAAUAAGAGCUCAUGCACACGAGAAUGAUCAAUUGAAAGGGGAAAUUUCUGGGCUGCAAGAGAGAAUUGCUGCCUUGGAGAAAACUUUAGCAGAGAAAGAGGCUGAAUUCUCCAGUUUUCAGGACAAACUCCUUGGAGAAAAGAAUGAGGCUUCAUCUCAAAUAAUUGUCUUCACAAGCCAGAUCAAGAAUCUGCAAGAUGACUUGCUUUCCUUGCAGAAAGAGAAAGAAGAAUUGAUGCUUCACAGCGAAAGACUUACAGGAGAACAUGCAGAAAACCUGAUAUUGCUAGAGAAUGAAAAGAAAGAGCUAGCAGGCAAAAUUUUGGAUCAUCAGAGAAUGCUAGAAGAACGAGAAGACAGGUAUCAGAAGUUAAAUGAAGAAUAUAAACAAGUUGAGAGUUGGCUUCAGGAAUGUAAGGUGAAACUUGAAGUUGCAGAAAAGAAGAUUGAAGAAAUAACAGGAGAAUUUCAUAGCGGCAUUGAGUCAAAGGAUCAGAUUGUAACUGAUUUGGAACAAACAGCAGAAGACUUGAGAAGGGAUUUGGAACUGAAGACAGAUGAAAUUGGUACUUUGCUUGAGAACAUCCGAAAUAUUGAGGUCAAACUUCGUUUGUCAAACCAGAAGCUUCGGGUUACAGAACAAUUGCUAAGUGAGAAGGAAGAAAACUUCAGGAAGGCAGAAGAGAAGUUCCAGCAAGAUCAGAAAAAACUUGAGGACAGGAUUGCCACCUUGUCAGGAAUAAUUGCUGCUAACAGUGAGGCCUAUCAGGCAACAGUCACUAACAUCAAAGAGAGUAUGAGGUAUGUGAUGACUGGUAUAGAUACCGUGAUGGGGAAACUUACUGAUGAGCAUAGAAAUUAUGAAAACCGCAUUUCAAACCUCUCAAAUGAGCUUCAACUAGCAAAGGACUGGGUUAGAGAGAUGAACGAGGAAAAAGAGAAGCUAAAAAAGGACAGGCACCAUUUGGGGGAGCAGCUGCAGGAAAGAAAUGACAAGGAAUUGACUUUGAGAGAGAUGGUUCAGAAGCUAGAGUCAAAGGCUAGCAAGGAAGAACUAGAGAAUAAAAAUCUGACGACAACAGUGGUUCAACUUCAGAAGUCAGUGGCAGGACUAGAGCAAAUGGUAAAAGAUAAAGACAAAGGUAUAAUGGGCUUGGCGGAAGAGAAAAGAGAGGCCAUCAGGCAGCUGUGUUUGUGGAUUGAUUAUCAUCGCAGUCGUUAUGAUUAUCUCAAGGUCAUUAUAUCCAAGACUCCCAGAGUUCACAGGGCAACGUGAGCUUAGCUAGGAUAUUCUUUUGUUCAGUUCGUUCCAUUAGGAUUUACAUCUCUACAUUUGAUUGAAAUUAGUUUUGUUUUCUCCCCAUCUUAUUUCGAAAUGUGUGUUGAUAGAUUGAUUUAUCGCUUCAUAGGGGACAUCAUAUAUAAUCAGUUUAUUGUCGCCCUCUAGAGCCACUUCCUGUCAUAUUUCCAUUUUCUUUCUUUUGACUCUCCCCUCCCCAGAUUGGGCUUGUAAUAAUAUACUGAGGAUAGGAUCCUUUGUUUUUGUCAAUAA